AUGGGGAAUUGUGUCAUUUUAAAGCCAUCAGAGAAGGUUCCAUUGACGAUGACACGAGUUGCCGAGCUUUUGCAUCAAGCGGGAGUACCAAAAGGCGUCUUUCAGAUUAUAAACGGAAGUGUAGAAGCUGUCAAUAGCUUGUGUGACCAUCCAAAAGUUGUGGCUGUCACAUUUGUCGGAUCAAGUAAUGUGGCACAACUUGUUGCUCGCCGAUGUCGAGCCCUGGACAAGCGUGUCUUGGCGUUAGGUGGUGCAAAGAACCACCUUGUCGCACUACCAGACGCUGAUAUUGAAAUGGCGUCAAAAGAUAUUGUAACCUCUUUUGCUGGAUGCGCUGGACAGCGCUGCAUGGCAGCGUCGGUGCUCUUACUUGUAGGGGAUUGCGAUGCGCUGCUUGCAAAGAUUGUUGAAAAGUCCAAGGAAUUGAGUCGCGGCACCGAAGCUGGUCAAGUUGGUGCGCUUAUUGAUGAGAUCUCGAAGACACGCGUACUUAAGUACAUUAAUGAAGCUGAAGCUGAAGGCGUCAAAAUUUUAGUUGACGGUCGAUCGUGGGCUAAAGAAGCUAAAGGCUAUUGGGUGGGACCUACAGUUUUGUUGCAUACGACCUCGAACGGUGCUGCAAUGAAAGACGAGAUUUUUGGUCCCGUACUCUCCGUUUAUCGCGUCAAAUCAUUCGAGGAGGCUUUGCAGAUUGAAAAUAACAAUGAUUAUGGCAAUGCUGCCGCAAUUUACACGUCCAAUGGCGCUUCUGCAGAAUAUUUUCAAACGCGUUUCCGUGCAGGUAUGAUUGGAAUCAAUAUUGGGAUUCCAGUCCCACGUGAACCUUUUAGCUUUGGUGGCUUGUAUGGCACAAAAAGUAAAUAUGGAGAUAUGGACAUCACGGGUGAUGGAUGCGUUGAAUUCUUUUCAUCUCGCCGUAAAAUUACUGCGAAAUGGAGCACGGGAUCAUAUGUAAGAGAUGAUGCCAAUUUCAGCGGACAAAUGUGA